AUGCUGCAGACACCUUACUACCCUGCUUUCAUCUCUGCAGCUGCCUGGAGUCCCACCCGCGCCGGCGUUUUCUUCCUGGCACGGCAAGAUGGGCGUUUGGAUGUGUGGGACUACUUCUACCGAAUGAACGAGGUGGCGCUCACACAGCAGGUCUCGGACCGGGCGCUGACCUCGCUCAACGUGCAAAGCCAGGGCCGGCUCGCCGCGGUGGGUGACGCCGGAGGCGUCAUCACUUUGCUGCAGCUCUGCGACGGCCUGGUGGACCCAGGACCCAACGAGAAGAACAUGAUCGGCUGGAUGUUUGACCGCGAGACGAAGCGGGAGAAGAGCCUGGAGCAGAUCAAGAAGCAGGGCGGGCAGGCGAAGAAGGAUGACAAGGAGGGCGCCGCGGGCGGCAGCAUCGACAAAACCGAGUACCAGGCGCGGGAAAAGGCCUUCUUCGCGGAGCUGAACAUGACAGGGGAGGACUUGGGCACGACCUUGCCGGCCCGCUGA